AUGUCCGUUAUACAACAAUUGAUCCUUGCCCUAUUCUUGGUGUCGGGGAUCAAGGCCCAGUAUGGCGGAGGGGACAACAGUAUGACUACAAAAUCAUUGUCAAGUACCAAGUCGACCUUAUCAUCAUCGACCCAGGCAACCGCAAACCCCGUCCAAUCUAUCAAUGUAGGUGAAGAUGGCUUCACAUUCUCUCCGGAUACACUCACGGUGUCGCCAGGGGACAAGGUCGAAUUCCACUUCUUUCCGGGAGACCAUUCAGUUACCCAGUCUUCCUUUACAAAGCCGUGUCAUCCCUUGAGCGAUAGAAGUAUUUUCAGUGGGUUUGUAUCAACCACAAAUAGCGACGCGAAAGAAGUGUUCACUCUCAUCGUCAACGACACUCAUCCUAUAUGGUUAUACUGCGCCCAAAUUGGACAUUGCCAGGCUGGCAUGGUUGCGCGAACGGUGCUAAAGCUUCGUCGCCUUCUUAGUAUGAGUGGUCAAGAUACUCUGGCGGCUUUCAAAGCAGCAGCAGCAGAAAUGAGCAGUAGCUCCGAACCAUCCUCCAUUCAAGGAGGUGCCCUGGGGGUGCCGAGCAAAAUAUCGACAUCAACAAGCAAUGGCUCCACAGCCACCUCGACUGCAGGCGGGACAUCCCGAAGCAGCUCCAAUGUUAGCAUUUCUACCACCAGUUCAACUUCAAGUAACACAAGCGGUAGCUCAAGUUUUAUGCAAAGGAUUGCAUGUCACAAGGAGAUUUAG